AUGGGUGGCGUAAUAGUUUUGCUGGCCGGAGAUUUUCAGCAGACUCUACCAGUGGUGCCAAAAGGAACCAGAGCUGACGAAGUGGAGUCGUCCAUCAAGAAAUCUAAUUUGUGGCCCCAGGUUAAUAUUCUUGAGCUCUCUAAAAAUAUGAGAGCACAUUUGGGCGGGGAUGCGUCUUCUGGUAGAUUUUCAGAUCUCCUUAAAAUCGGUAAUGGUGGUUUUCCAUCGUUUGAUGGAACGAUAACCAUCCCGGAAGAAUUGUGCACAGUUGUUACUACGGUUCAAGAAUUGCUGUCUGAAGUUUAUUCAGACAUUAUUCAUAUACAUUAUAAGCCUAUUGAAUGGUUAUGUGAGCGUGCCAUACUCACUACAAUGAACGAUCAGGCAGCAGCUAUCAACGAUAUCCUGCUCAUGUCGUUUGAGGGCGAAGAAAAGGUCUAUACUUCGAUUGCAGUUAAUACAGAUGACGCUACUAAUCAUCCUGUAGAAUUUUUAAAUUCAUUGAAAGUGCCAAGUUUGCCUUGUCAUAAAUUAUUCUGCAUGUGGGCACUCCAAUUAUGUUGUUGCGAAAUUUAA